AUGCACAACAUGGAGUUUAUGCAAAAAAAUGAGUUUUCACUUCCGGCAAGCAACAUAGACACUAAUGAGAAUCCAAAUAUUGAUAUGGAAACUGACAUCGCAGCUUUCCAACAAAUAUAUAAAGAACGCCAUAAGGAUAUAAAUUAUGAUAAGAAAAAAAAAAAUUCUUGUAGAAUCUUGAACAAUAUAACAAAAUAUUGUUGCAAUAUAAAUCAAGUGGAUUCAUUUAAUUUUAAUAAAAAAUAUAAUGAUUUUCUUAGAGAAGAAGCAUGCACAACUGCAGAUAUUAUUUCAAACACUGAUAAAUUAGAACAAAAAAGUAAUGAUAAUAAUUUUUUAUGCAAAGAUAGCUUUAGUGAUAAAAAUCAAAUUAAACAUAAAGAUACUAAUGAAUCCUUAAAAUUAACGAGUGAAUUCAAAAAGGAAUAUAAAGACAUUUAUAGAAGACCAUCUAAUAAAAAUAAAAUUAGAAACCUUGUAUAUUCACCUGAAAACCCAGUUCAAGUCAUAAAAAAAAAUAGUUAUUUUAACCAAAAUGUCUCAUUCAUUCAUAAUGGAAGAAAAAUUCCUAAUAACGUAACAGAAAAAGAUCAUAGUAAUAUAUAUCAAGAAAAUGAAACAAUAAAACUAGGAAUUUCAAAUGCUAAUGAAAAUGUAAAGUCAUAUAUGCCUAAUAGCUAUGUAAAUAAAAAAUAUAUAAACAAUAAAAAGUUAGAGAAUAUACUAAAACCAAAAUCAUUUGAAAACCUAAACAGUAUAAAAACUGGAAAAAAUGAAUACUUAAAAAAUAAUAAAAUGAGUAAUAAAAAAAUAUUUGAAGAAAAAGAAAAUCAUGUCAAUAAGAAAAAAAAUACCAUUAAUGAGGAAGCACGUAUUUAUAAUCUCAUAAAAGGUGGCAAUAUUUGUGCUUUCAAAGAAAAAAAAAACGAUACACAUAAUAAAAUAAUAUUAAAUAAAUAUAAAACAUUACUUCACACUGAUAAUGGCAAAAAUGAAGAUAAAAAAUCAGAACAAGUUUUGAAAAAUUCUUCUUCAUCUUUUAAUGAAUACUCCAAAAAUGAAAUUAACUCAUCAUGUUCAUCAAUAAACAAAAGAAACAAAAGAAACAAAAUAAAACGAAUAAAUUUAAAUGUAGAAUUACUUAACUUUGAUAAUGACGUCAAUUUAACGCUUUCAAAUGGGGCAUUCAUUAGUGAAAAAAAUAAUCAAAAUAAUAACUACUCAAUAACAUCUUUGUCUGAAUUAAAGACAAGAGAAAGACCUUUACUUGUAGAUAAUUUUAGUCAAACGAUAAAAAAAAAAAAAAAAUUCAUCACAAUUAAAAAAUCUAAAAUUCGUAGAAAAAUGAAAAAAACAAAAAAAUUUAAGUUAAAAAAAAAAAUUUCUAAUAAAAAUAAGUUAGAAUUAAAAAAAAAGAAAUCAUUAAAGUCGAGGUAUGUUAAAUAUAGAACUAAUAAUAACCUCCAAAAAAAUGCUUUUCGUAAUAAAAAAAAAAAAAAAAAAAAUAAAAUAGUGGGGCAUUAUAUAAAUGGAAAGAAAAAAAAGAUAAAUAAUUUUAGUAUUCCAUGCUCUAGCAUUUAUACUAAAAAGUUAGUAAGAGUUAAAAUGUACAAAGAUAUUUCAUCAAAAACAUUAGAUAUUGGCAGUAGGAAGUUAUCACAAUUUAAUGCAUCUAAUGGAGACAAUAAUUCAAGGUAUAGUAGUCGUAAAAAGAAAAAUAGCUAUUUGAAUAUAGAGAAAUGUGAUGAUGAAAAUUCCAAAAGAUGCAAAGAUAAAAUAAAAAGUUAUGGCAUAGAAGAGAUUGAUAAAAUGCACAAUUUAAUGCCAAAAAGCAUAAAAAAUGUAGAAGUUGAUAAUAUAAAUAUGUAUAAUAUUAAUAAAAAAUUUAUUAAACAAAAAUUAAGUAAUAUAUGCCGAAUGAAUUCAAAUGUAGGGAUUAAAGGAAGCAAUAUGGAGAAUUCGUGUAUUAAUAAAUUGCUUAUAAAAAAUGCUAUGAGUAAUGUGAGCGGCUUAAAUUUCAAUAAUAAAAAAAAUGAUUCUUCAUGUAAAGUAAUUAAUUUUAAACAUAAAAAUUCAGAAUUUAUUAAUUUUAAAGAAAACUUUAUUAAUUCUAAAGAUGAACGUUCUACUUUUGGUAAAAUAGAAAUUACACAUACAAAUGUGAACAAUCAGAAUAAGAAAUGUAAUUACAAUGAUAAAAUUAAAAGUAAUAUCAUCAGAAAAUUAAAAUACAUAGACUCAAAAUUUUUUAAUAUUUCACAAGAGCAAGUUAAAAAUUAUACACAUUUUAACCCUCUAAAUAAUAUAAGUUUAGUAGAAUAUAAAAGGAAAUUAAGUGACAUAGAAAAUAAUAUUAAUAAUAAUUCAUUAUUAAUUGGAGAUAACAAACUUUCAUUACUUCAAUAUAAAGAUAAAAAAAAAUUUCAUAAAAAGGAUGAUGCUGAUACUUUAAUGAUUUUACAAAGAGUAGCUGUCAUAUUGAAUGAUAAAAAAAAAAGUUUAUAUACGUAUAAUUUAGAUGAUAAAAAAAAUAAAAAAGGUAUUCUAAAAACGAGUAGCAAUUUAAACGAAAUGUUGUUAAAAAAUUUAAAAUUUCCUGAAUAUGAAAAAUAUGAUUUUUAUUGUAAAGAAAUUAAAAAAAAAUAUAUUAAAAGCAAAAGUUAUGAUUCAUUCUUUAAUGAAAAGUUAUUGAAUAAAAAUAUAGGGAACACAAAUUUAAUUAAAGAAGUUUUAUCAAAAAAAAGAAAUUCAAAGGAUAAUAAUAACUUAUUAUUUCACGAAAAUUUGCUACAGCAGCGUUCUAUUAUUAACAAUAAAAGGACUUUUGAAAAUCAUGUAAGUUAUAUAUUAAAUUCUAUAGUAUUUUAUUCCAACAAAUUAAAGAAUAUGUUAAAUAUUUCUAUAAAGAGAAGAAAUGGCAAUGAACAUACGUUGGAAGUUAAGCUUUUUAUUCUUUGCAUAAUUUAUUUAAUUGAAAAAUAUAAACUAAAUACUUGCUCGGUAAAAAUAGAAAAAAUAUUAAAAUUAAUAAGUGAAAUAAUAGAAAAAAUUAGAUACUAUAUAUUAGAUUUCCCGAAUAUAGUUGAUAUUUCAAAAUUUGAAUUGGCCAUUAUAAAAAUAUAUUUUAUAGAAUUACUUAAAAUGUCAGGAUUGUUGUGUUCGAUAGACGAAAAAAAACUCGGAGGAAAAUACUUUUUUUAUUCAACAUUAUUUUCAGAUGAAGAUUUUACUUUAAUGGAUAAAGUAGAAAUUCAAGGUAACUUAACUAAUGUAAUUCCUGUAAAAAGAGAAAUAAAUGUAUUGAAUAAUUUAAACACAGAGUUUUCAGAUAUGCAAAACUUACGGGGAUAUCAUCCUUCAUCAUUUUAUGAAAAAAAAACAAAUGCCUUUUUUAAAAAAGGAAGAAAUGAAAGUAAUAAACACAAAAUAAUGAAUUCUGGAAAUGAAGAAAAUAUAGAAUUAAAAAUAGGUAAUAUAUUAAAUGAAGAUAAAUACAAUAAAAUUGAUUUAAAAGAAAUAAAUAUUGUUUCUAGUAGCGAAAGUAGAAAAAUAAAUGUUAAAAAUAAUUUUGAUCUUGAAGAAAAUAAGGUAAGGGAUAUUAAUGAAAAAAAAAAUAAUAAUUUUGUAGAUAUCCAUAUUUUAAUGAAAAAGUUGAAGAAAAAUAUUUUAAAGUUACAAUUGGAAAAUCAUGAUAAAGUAAAUAAUUUAACAUUAUUAAUUAGAUAUUUAGACAAGUUAAAUUAUAUAUAUAAAAUAAAUAAUGCUAUUUUUUUAUUUGGAGAAAACGAGAAAAAUAUAAUGAAUGAAACUAAAGAAAUGUUGGAAAAAAUUAAUGAAAAAAUAUUAAAAGAAAAAAAUGAAUCAUUUGAUAUAGAAAUUUUGAUACCAAUAAAAAAAAUAAAAGAAAAAUUAGAUGAAUGCGUUUUUUCAUUUUUGAGUACAUCUUUUGGAAAAAAUUCAUAUUCAUAUAGUAACAUAUCUAAAUAUAACGAUGAUAAGUAUUCAGAAGAAGCUUUUUUGUUACUAAAAAAGGAGAGAUUUAAUGAAAAAAGGAACAAAGAAAAAUUUUUUACCGAAGAAAAUAACAAUAAAAAUCCUGUAAAUUGUGUAGAUAAAGCAAAAUUAAUGUGCUGUAAUAACGACGAAAAAGUACUAAAUAAGAAAAACAACUUUUAUAAUAUUGAUGAAACAAAAGAAUUACAAGAGUUAAAUGAUUAUUUAAAUGUUAUUAUCUUAAAGAAAAAUGAACAGAUAUUAAAAAAACCAAAUGAAUAUUAUAGUAUUUUGAAAAAAUACCAUCAAGAAUUAUCAUUAAUAAACCAAAUUCAUAGUAAUGACAAUACAUUAGUUAAAGACUUCUUAGAUAAUAUGAAUAUAUAUAAGUUUUCUAAACUUUUAAACUUCUAUGUCAAAAAAAAACAUCUUUACAACAAAUUUAGUAAAAAACAAAAUUUCGAUAAUUCAGAAAUGUAUCAAAAGAACAAUGGAAUAAUACAAAUUCUAUAUGACUUCCUCUUGGAUAGUGAAAAGGAUUUUUUGGAAAUGAGCAAGUACAAGAGCUUUUUUAAAAAUUUACCUUCAAUGGAGAAAAUUAAUAAAAAUAUGUAUUACUCUUUUAGUGAUGAUAAACUUUCAGAUGCCAAUAAGCAUAUUUCUUAUGAUACUCUUAUAUCAGAUAAUGAAAUAAAGUUUUCUAAAACCAAAUCAAUGGAAUUCCAGGAAAGUAAUAAUAAUAUUGAGUAUUUUAAAAUUUAUUCUUAG